AUGGGAGUUCAGCAAAAGCUCAGUGCUUUCCUCUUUCAAGUAAGUAUUGUUUUUGUUAUGUUUCUCAUUGUUAGCGCAUCUGAACAGCAUAAGGCUAAAGGCAGAUAUUCAAGCAGAAAAGACCGUAACACGAAGAUGAGUCCUAGACUUCAGUUCGAAAUCACAUUACAUGGGCUUCUCCUGUGGGCUUCAAUGGCGUUCUUGAUGCCUGUUGGUAUACUAGUCAUUAGACUGUCCAACAGAGAGGGGAAUAGAAGAAGGCUUAGAAUCAUAUUCUAUGUUCAUGCAAAGCUUGCCGUACUUCUUGCUACUGCAGGAGCAAUCAUGUCCAUAAAAAAUUUCAACAACUCCUUCAACAAUAAUCAUCAAAGAUUAGGGGUAGCAUUAUAUGGAAUUAUCUGGCUGCAAGUUCUAGUUGGUAUUUUUCGACCACAAAGGGGAUCCAAAAGAAGAAGUCUGUGGUUCUUUGCACACUGGAUAAUGGGAACUGCAACGUCAUUGCUGGGUGUCCUGAAUAAAAAUGGGUCUACAUACAAAACCAAGGAGCGGUUUAGGACAACUGAGUACAAACUACUGAUUCCUACUUAUCAAGAAACUGACUCAUGCUAA